GCCUCCUAUACAGAGCUGCAGUGGCACUGCCAGUCCUGGAUUAAACAUUAUGCUGGAUAAGAGCGAGGUGUCCACGCUGGGCCUGCCGCCCUCCACCAGCCACGGGGGCUCGGAUGGCAACAUCAGCGUGGACGCCGCGGCGGCGGCGGCGGCGGGCCUGGAGGCGGCCGAGAUGCAGCGGACGCGCGCCGCCAUGGAGCACCUGCAGCAGAAGAUCCUCAAGAUCACCGAGCAGAUCCGCGUGGAGCAGGAGGCGCGCGACGAGAACGUGGCCGAGUACCUGAAGCUGGCGCACAACGCCGACAAGCAGCAGGGGGCGCGCAUCAAGCAGGUGUUCGAGAAGAAGAACCAGAAGUCGGCGCAGACCAUCGCACACUUGCACAAGAAGCUGGAGCACUACCACAAGAAACUUAAGGAGAUUGAACAGAACGGUCCAGCGCGCCAGCCCAAGGACGUGCUGCGGGACAUGCAGCAGGGCCUGAAGGACGUGGGCGCCAACAUGCGCGCGGGCAUCAGCGGCUUCGGCGGCGGCAUGGUGGAGGGCAUGAAGGGCGGCGUGUCGGCGCUCACGCACACGGCCGUGGUGUCCAAGCCGCGCGAGUUCGCCAGCCUCAUCCGCAACAAGUUCGGCAGCGCCGACAACAUCGCCCAGCUCAAGGACCCGCUGGAGGACGGGCACGGGCACGAGACGCCGCGGGCGCUCAGCGGCAGCGCCACGCUCGUCUCCAGCCCCAAGUACGGCAGCGACGACGAGUGCUCCAGCGCCACCUCGGGCUCGGGCGCCGGCAGCAACUCUGGGGGGGGCGGAGGUGGGGGUGGAGGUGGCGCGGCCAUUUUGGGCAGCCCCCGCUUGGACGGGCACCACCACCACCACCACCACAUGCACAGCUCGUGGGAUGCCCUGCUGGAGGGGCUCCAGGAGAUCAAGGCCAGCCAGGCCCACAUGGAGGAUGCCAUAGAGGACAUGAAGGGACAGCUGCAGAGCGACUACUCUUACAUGACCCAGUGCCUGCAGGAGGAGAGAUACAGAUAUGAGCGGCUCGAGGAGCAGCUGAAUGACCUGACUGAGCUCCAUCAGAACGAAAUGACCAACCUGAAGCAAGAGCUGGUCAGUAUGGAGGAGAAGGUGGCCUACCAGUCCUACGAGAGAGCCAGAGACAUUCAGGAGGCGGUGGAGUCCUGUCUGACGCGCAUCACCAAGCUGGAGCUGCAGCAGCAGCAGCAGCAGGUGGUGCAGCUGGAGGGGGUGGAGAACGCCAACGCCCGCGCCCUCCUGGGCAAGCUGAUCAACGUGAUCCUGGCGCUGAUGGCCGUGCUGCUGGUGUUCGUCUCCACCAUGGCCAACUUCAUCACGCCGCUCAUGAAGACCCGCGCCCGCGUCGCCUCCACUGUGUUCCUCGCCCUCUUCCUCUUCACCCUCUGGAAGCACUGGGACUUCCUCGAGCUCUGGUUGCUCCCCAGCUGAGCUUGCCCACCCCGUCCCCCG